CCGAGCCACCUGUAGCAUCAAGAUCAAGAUCAAGAUGGAUUAGAGCGACGGGUUCUUAGCUGUGGUAUUGGGACGUGUUGCUGACCGUGGAUGUGUUACCUUUGGGGCACCAAGCGUUUCUUGUGCUAGAUUUAGAAGACAUGGUAGGGAUGGAGCUCCUGUUUUGCUUACUGGCAGUGAGCCUGCUGUGGGGAAUCACAAAUCCACUUCUGAAGAGAGCCAGUGUUGGAAUAGAGGACAUUAAGAUGUCUAAUCCAGUUCUUCAGACCAUACAUGAGGUCAAGUUCUUGGCAACACGUCUGAGCUAUGUCUGUCCAUUCUUGCUCAACCAGCUGGGCAGCGUGCUUUUUGUAUACACCCUGGGCAAUGCUGACCUCUCCCUAGCGGUGCCACUCAGCAACAGCCUCACUUUCCUGGUGACAACAGUGGCUGGCCGCUGUUUAGGUGAGGACACCACUAGCCGGACCACCUGGAUUGGUGCUGGCCUGGUGUGUGUUGGUGUAGCCUUGUGUGUUGCUGACAAGACUCAGCACUGAAGCAUCAUUGUUUUUGUGUGUGUAUUUGGGUCUUUCAGAUAGCUACUAUUAUUUAUGAACAAUAGCUCAGGAGUGAAUGGAGACUCAAGUAUGUGAAAUUAUUAUCUGGUGAUUUACCGAAUUUAAUGAUUAAAAAAUAAGUUAAUAUCAUCAUGUACAUAUGCAUUUAAUUCAAGUUUAUAGAAAAUCUUCAGUUAAUUUCAUGAUUUUGUUGUGUUGACCCUAAAGAUCCUUUAUGCCUUCCCCCUCCCUUACUUUAUUAUGUAGCUUGUAGUCCAGUGUAUUGGUAGAAAUUGGCCACAUUACUAAUGUGAUGGCUGACUGUAAUGUGUAGUGAUUAUUUUGAAAAGGAUAAUCCUGAUUGCAUUACUGUCUUGGUGUAAAUUUCUUAUUGGUCAAAAAAAUCAAUUUUUAGUAUUGUUUGAAGUUAAGAAAAAGGAAAAAUAAGAGACAUCUAUUUGCCUUGAAGCUGAAAUU